AUGCCGAAGCUACGCGCUCUUGGCUUGGUGGCCAUGGCCACAACGAUCCAGGCUAGUAGCCUUCGUGAUGUUUGUACAACAUCCCGUGCGAAAGCAGCAGUACCCCUUGAUGGCUUGCUUCCUGGCAUCGUGACCACAAACUCGGUUGUUUCGGCGAAUCCAGUGUACAAUGUUUCUGUCUCUGGUGAACCUUAUUAUCCCGAUUCCACGUUCGACUAUUGCAAUGUGACAAUGACUUACUCUCACCAUGGGAAAACCGAUAAAGUUCUUUUGAACUUCUGGCUUCCAGCCCCUGAGAAAUUCCGGAACCGUUGGGUAUCAACCGGUGGGUUCGGCUACGCGAUCAACGUCGAGUCGACCCUGCCUGGCGGUGUGAUCUAUGGUGCCGCUACAGGUAGAACAGAUGGAGGCUUCGGUGGCUUCGACACUGAUUUUGAUGAUGUUUUCCCACUUGCGAAUGGGACUGCGAAUCUAGACGCACUGUACAUGUUUGGCUACCAGGCGCAUCACGAAAUGUCCUCUAUCGGCAAGGCAUUCACCAAGAACUUCUUCAACCUUUCCGACUCGAACAAGCUAUACGCGUAUUACCAGGGAUGCUCGGAAGGUGGUCGUGAAGGGUUUAGCCAAGUCCAAAGAUUCCCCGAUGAAUGGGACGGGGCUGUUAUCGGUGCGCCUGCAAUUCGCUACGGGCAACAGCAAGUCAACCAUCUGUUUCCCCAGGUCGUUCAAAAAACAAUGAACUAUAUCCCCCCUUAUUGCGAACUGGAAAAGAUUGUCAACCUCACUAUCAGUGCUUGUGAUCCACUGGAUGGCAAAGUGGACGGCGUUGUUGGCCGCAGCGAUCUGUGUAAAUUGCACUUCGACUUCAAUUCAACGAUUGGACAGAAAUAUCACUGUGCAGCCAGCUCGGGAUCGAGUUUUGGAAAGAGACAACUGGUCUCCCCAGCAAGUCCCUCGCAGAGUGGCACUGUCACGGCUGAAGGCGCAGCUCUCGCGAGUGCCAUUUAUAAUGGUCUUCAUGAUAGCAACGGUCGCCGUGCUUAUUUCUGGUAUCAACCGGGAGCUCAAAUGACAGAUGCGGAGACUGUUUAUGAUUCAUCCAGCGGCAAAUGGACCGUCGAUAUCUCAGAGCUCGGUGGGGAAUGGGUUACGCGUGGCCUGGAGCUGCUGGAGCUGGACAACCUCUCAACCUUGGAUGGUGUUACUUAUGACGUCUUGAGGGACUGGAUGCUCGAGGGAUGGCAGCGAUAUGAAGAUGUUCUCCAGACGACUUGGCCCGAUCUGAGUCCAUUUGAAGCUGCCGGUGGCAAGAUUAUCUCGUACCAUGGCGAGUCCGACAACAGCAUCCCCCCUGCCUCUUCUGUUCGCUUCCAUGAGUCGGUUCGGGCCACCAUGUACUCGAAUCUGACAUUCAGCAAGAGUACUCAGGCUUUGAAUGACUGGUACCGCCUGUUUCUGGUGCCUGGCGCUUCUCACUGCAACACGAACAGUCUUCAACCAAACGCGCCUUUCCCACAAACCAGCUUAGGCUCCCUCAUCGACUGGGUUGAAAAAAGUGAAACCCCCGCUACUCUCAACUCUACCAUUCUCAGUGGAAAGAACAAGGGUGUGCAGCAGCAACUGUGCGCGUGGCCAUUGCGUCCUCUCUGGAAGGACAACGGUACGACUAUGGAUUGCGUCUUCGAUCAAAAGUCGUUCGACACCUGGAUUUACGAUCUUGACGCAUAUCCGCUCCCUGUAUAUUAA